AUGGCGGCAUACAGAACCAAUCCAAUCAAGGCCAAGGAAAUUCAAAGGCAAGUGGAAAAACUCAUGGAUAAAGGUUAUGUUCGAGAAAGCAUGAGUCCUUGUUCGGUUCCAGUCAUUUUAGUGCCCAAGAAAGAUGGAACAUGGAGGAUGUAUGUUGAUUGUCAAGCCAUCAACAAAAUAACUGUAAAGUAUCGACAUCCUAUUCCUAGAUUGGAUGACAUGCUAGAUGAAUUACAUCGUGCAAAAUUGUUUUCAAAAAUUAUCUUCAAAGUGGUUACCAUCAAAUUCGAAUGCAUGUGGGAGAUGAGUGAAAAACGGCUUUCCAAACAAAAUUUGGUCUCCAUGAGUGACUUGUUAUGCCAUUUGGUCUUAUCAAUGCACCAAGAUGGAGUGAAAGUUGAUGAAGAAAAGGUCAAGGCUAUUCGAGAGUGGCCAACACCCACCAAUGCAACCGAGCUUGAAGCACCUCAAAAGCCAAACAAAGUUGAGUUUAUUGUGACAUUUCCAUACGUCAUUCAUUACAAGAAAGGUAAGGAUAAUGUGGUGGCUGAUGCAUUAUCAAGAAGGAAAGGAAAACUUUGUAUUCCUAAGUGUUCCAUUCGAGAGUUGCGAAGGAAGCUCAUCGGGGAGGAUUAA